GUAACAUUUUGUGGAUUUGUUUUAGUUUAUAUCUCAAAUGCUUGGUGCAAGUCAGGACUCAAAUGUAAUUAGUUAUUACAAAAAUAGCAUGAUAGCAACAUGCAUCAUGGCAGCAGAAUACUCGAACUGAGAAAAUGGCUUAAUUUGUUUCUUCUUAACUUUUCGUUUGAACUAACCUGAUGACGGUUUAUUUUUAUAAGCAAAACUCAAAGAGAAACCCAGUAAGUUUACAAUAUAUGUCGGGGCGCAAACACGCAUUUCGGGGCGGGAUGAAAGGUAAGGCAGCAUUGGAAGGCAGAGUUGGAAGCGAGAUGUAGUUUCAGGACCAAGGACAGCGCCACUGAGAGGCCCGCUGCUGCCAUCUGCUGUUCAUAGCCGGUACUGCAUCAGACGACGGCCACCGUUGCACCAGUAUGUUACGUUUAGUGCAAAGUUAGAUGCUGAAGGAAAGGGUAAGGAAACAGCAAAAGGGUAAUUCAAGCAAUUCUAAGGGAACCGUUUGUGUGCGUGAGAGAGAGAGAGAGAGAGAGAGAGAGAGAGAGAGAGAGAGAGAGAGAAACCGCCUUGAACAAAAAAAACGCAGGUGAGAGCAGACAAAUACUCACUUGGCUAGGAGGGAGCGGUAUGCAGGGAUUAUAGCGGCAUCGCUUUGACAAAAAAUUAAGUUAAAACUUGAAGAAAAUGGAAUGAAAACAUUUGCAUAAUUAAAGAAUAACCAUGUAGACUGUAAAUUUGAAGGACAAAGCAUAACAGUUUAUGCUAACAGUGGAGUCAACGCGCUGUGGCAUUCUGCUCUGCGUGCUCGUUGAACUUGACUGACUCUUCUGACUGCCUUGAGUGUCAAAAUGAAAAUCCGAACAAAACUACCUCAGGGCCUUUCGCCUUUUUUAUACAACAACAUUUUCACUUGAUGUUUAGUCACAGUCACACAUGGAUGAGUUUCAUCAGAGGGCAGAAGUUUGACAAUUUUGCCUGAGUGUGCAAUGUGGGCAAGUUAAAUCCUGAUGCCAGCGGCACUUAAUAUUCAAAGUGGAUUCACUCAUUAAUUUAGCUCAUGAAAUACAAGAACACGGCUCAGUCCUAUACACUCCCUCCGCAUGUAUGACGAUCCGCAUGUGUGGGGGAGAAGAAUCAUCAAAAAAUCCAGUGUUCAUUUUGAGAAGUAUAACUGUAAAAACACAUCAGGGUGAACUUGACCUUAUUGAAUCUAAAGACAGAGACCAGACAUGAGCAGAAAAAGGGGGUUUGGGAGGAAAAAGAGACGGGAAGGUUACAGUCAGGCCAGUUGUUAAAAGCAGAUCAUGUCCUUUACGUAAAGAAGACGGCUUCACAGACUGCAACACAACAUCAAACAGAAGGCUGAUUAUUCAGAUUCUGUUGAAGUUGUAUUUUCUUUCUGCAUAUAGUCCUUCUUUUGGGGGAAGAAAUAGAAACAGAAACCACACGUCAAACAUGAACGUGUACAGUUCAACAAAAAGAUGAUCAGAAGACAUCUUUGAGUCAAAAACAAGGAUAAAGGGAUAAAAACCUAGUUCAGUUGAGACCGCCUGUCAUAAAUCCUUUAUAGUGUCGGGGAUCUGUUUGUGUCUUUACUGCCCUGUCUGUCUACUGUAUCAAGAACAUUGGCGCAUUUUAGUGUUUCGACAGUCUUCGCGUACUUACUUGCGUUUCUUUCAGCCUUCUGUUUCUUGACAGCCAGGUGGAUUGUGAUGUGGUGACAGAUUUGUCAGUCACGUGUGAGUUUAGCGUUUUGGCUGCCUCAUUGACGGCUGUGUUGGUGGAGAAACAGAAGGCAGUGUGGCAGGUUUCAUUCUUGUCCGACUUGAUGGCAAGUAAGAAGGUUGAUUCUGUCUCUGUGGUCCAGUGUUGCCAUUCCUAAAACACAUGAACAAAAUCCUUUUACCUGUGCUUGUGAGUGCAUGCAUUUCAGUUCAUUAGCGAUUGAAUUUUUCUCCUAAAUACAAUUUUGUUUUUUCUGUAGUUAUAACAAUGUAUUUAAACCCUUCACAAAAGCUGCUUCUUUGUCUUAUGAAGAAUCUCUUCCUAAAGCAACCUUGUGCAGUAAAUCCGCCUUUGUACAAGUUAUCUUGCCUUCUCAUGCUGUCAUCAUUUAGGUUUUCUUAGGGUCUGGAAGAAACCAAAAUCAGACACACAAAAAGCCCACACUCGUUCUGUGUUCUGUUUGUGAAGCCUGGAGUGAAAAAUAGCUGACACCAUAGUGGUUGUGAGAAAAGAAAAGGUGGCUCUGGUUUUUUCACCUUACUUUUUGUGCAUUCAGUGGUUGUGUUGCGGUGUGUUUUCUAUAGGUCCCAGGCACAAUAGUGAGGCCGUGAACAGCGCACCUAUUGUGAUGAGGCUCGCCAGGGGGGACUUUGUCUUUGCCAACAGUGUGGAAUGUCCCAGCGGAAUAACAGAGGGAGGGGACGGCGGGUCAUGGGGCCGCAGUGCUCACCUCUACACUGGACCAGUCCCUCUAGCACCAACAGAAAAAAAGGAGCUGGAAGCUAUAGACCCUGAAGGAGUGGGAGGCGUAGAGAUCUUAUGGGGGCGGGGGGGUGCUCGAAAGCGCCAUGAUGAGCACCCCUGUGAGAUCUUCUGGUGUGAAUGUCUCAGGACAAGUUGGAGGUUAUGGAAGCGAGGAUGCCGUCGAAGACAACGGCAGCAACAGGACUUACACCCAGUGUGAAGGAGCAGCGGGACCCAGGCCGAGCAGCGCGGAUCCAGCUGGUCGGGGAAGGUCGAGCAGCGUGGAGCAGCUGUUGAGACCUGCCCUGCCAGGCAGGAAAGCACACGGGAAGACCUGCAGCAAGGACAGCGGAGGAAGAUGGAAAGAGGGAAACCAAGACAGGGAUGAGGAGACACAACAUUUUGAAAACGCAGGAGGCAGCGGAAGAGGAAAACAACGACGGAGAAAGGCUGAAAGAACUGGAACACGGGGAGAUGGAGACCGGGACAGACAGGGAACAGGAAGCGCUGAAAGCUCGUCCAGUAGUAACUCUGACAUCCUGUCAACCACACUGUGGAAGUUGGAGACGGAUCCACCAACUUUCAGCGAGGAGUCACACGUCACAGACUUCCAUCCACUGGCUGUACUCAGACCGUCAGCACUAAUUUAAACCCCCAAUCCCCUCGGCCAGCAAUGAGAUCAAUUUCUUCCAAUCAGCCUCCCAACCCAAACCAGGUCCACACCUCUGUACCCUCAGAGACUUUCAUCCAGCACAGCGGCAGGAAACCUGCACCGCCGCUCAUUGAGUUCCUACAGAGAGGAAGAUCCGAUCUGGAUGGAGGCCAGAAGAGGCGCGGCCACCGCAGGAUCAUCACAAAGUCCUCAGACACACAUUCUGUCUCUCGUAGGCUCGGAGUUGAGAGAAGAGGAAGAGCAGGGGGGAGAGGAAGUGGAGGGAGAAGAAGAGGGCGACUUGGAAGAUGGCGAGGAGCUUGGCAGUGGCGUGAUGGGGGUAAUGGGUCAGACCGUAUCCUCAGCAUUGGUGCUGCCUGGUGUUCCUUUUGUGGACCGAAGGAUGAGUAAAAGAGAGAAGAACAGGAUUAAGUAUCUGAGGCGGAGGCAGAGGAGAAGGGAGAGGUGGAGACAAAGUCAACUGCAGGAGAGCAGACAGAGCUCAACGGGGAACCCAUCCAGCAGCAGCAGCAGCAGCAGCGAGGAUGAGGACAUGAGCGCCGGGGACAAAGAACGUUACAUCUGCGCAGUGUGUUUGGAUGUGUACUUCAGUCCUUACAUGUGUCAACCCUGCAACCACAUCUUCUGUGAACCCUGUUUAAGGACGCUGGCUAAGAACAGCCCCACCAACACCCCCUGCCCCCUCUGCAGAACAAUCAUCACUCAUGUCUUCUUCCAGAAGGAGCUAAACCAAACAGCGAGGACGUUCUUUCCAAAAGAAUAUCUUUCCCGGAGACAGAACUUCCAGAAAGCCAACUGUGCAAAGUGGCCUCUCCCAAGCUGCCGAAAAAUAUUCCGUAUCUUUGGAGCAGGCUUCCAGAGGCAGUCUGGUCCCAUUGUUAGACGCCAGCUCCCCCACGGAGGAGGCUACCAACUGGGCGAUCUGGACUUUGAAGAGGACUCUCGAGGCUGGCGUUUUGACAUGGACAUGGUCAUCAUCUACAUAUACUCCGUCAACUGGGUUAUCGGCUUCUUCAUAUUCUGCUUCCUUUGCUACCUCUUCUUCCCUUCUUUUUGACAGCCAUGGCAACUAUGAUGGUGUAACAUAGAAAGAGAAGAGGUUGAGGGUAAGACCAGAGUGAGGUAAGGAAUUAGAGAUGAGUCAUCGGGCAGGAAAGUGACACAUAAAUAUCUCAGAAGACAAUGAUUGAUUUUUAAGCUAGUGGGAUGACGACAUAGAGGAAAAUUAAGUGUUCCGGCUUGUUGUCUCUUAUUAAUAAUUAUAUUGGGAAAAUAUUGUAGGAGGAGGUUUGGGAAUUAAUUGUUUUCUGUCUCCAUUUGUUGCACACAAAAUGCGUGUUCAACCACAUGUCCUGUUCCUGUAAGGAGGGGAAUUAUAACAUUGCAGUGAUGCACUUUCAACAACACAAGUAUUAAGAGAGUUACUCCUAGGCUGGAGGCAUUCAAUGACAAAUUCUAGAAAUAUAUGUUGCCCUAUGUUAGUAUGUCUUUCUAUUGUGUGAUUAAUUUGCUGUUUUUCUAUGAGAGAUGACUUGUGGUGUUUCUGUUGUUCUCAAUCAUCCCUUAGAGGGAAUGUUGAUUGACUGGGCCACUGUAUUUCAGCCAAUAAAGUUGGCACAGUAGCACCUCCAUAUGGUGUCUCUAUACAAAGUCGAUUUGUACAUUUUUAAUUAUUACAAAUUUGGUAAGCAAACUUAUGUGCUAAUAAAAAGAAAUCAAGCGGUCUUGUAGUUUGCUAGUUUGACAGCAAGAAAAGUUUGGGGCCUUGGUAACACAAGCGUACCUUCCGUUGUUUGUUCCUGGUACAGUUUUGCCAUUGUAGGAAGCAAAACAGUCCUAAAGGGAUGGGUACUCCUGGAUAGAUCGGACUCUCUCCCCUGCCAUUGUUAUGAUGAGGGGUGCAAAGCCUCCAAAAAUACCUUUGGGGAGAACAUGGAGAAAGACUUUCAGCUGGCAUCUGAAGAAGGCAUAAUGUAAUAUUCACUAUUCUAUUAAUAUUCAAUAUUCUAUUAAAAUGGUAUGUGUUUUUUGGAGUAACAUCCAUUUAAGAUGAUUUAAUUGUCUUUAAUCAUGAAAAAACAGAAGAUGGGUCAUAUCUCUGCCAAAAGAUCCAAAUCCAACUCAAACAAAUGAUCAAUGCAGAAUCAUUUUAAAAGACAUACAAUUAUGCUGUACAUUUCCCUCGUUUCCCUCCCCACCGGAUGGGCCUCAUUGUGUUUGAGUGGAGCUGUGGGUGUAUGACACUUACAUAGAUGGAUUUGAAAGUCUUCUCUGCUUUCAUAAUUAAAUAAUAAUAAUGAUGUUUAGAAAGCACCCUCCCCAUACACUGAAAUGGACUCUUAAUUUAUUCAGAAUGAACUUUGUGGUUGUGAAAAGCAUGCUAGGGCAAAUGGUCAUCGCUGAAAGAUGGAUCCACAUUUCUAGCUGCAAACUAAGAAAUGUUAUAUAUUCAUAUACUGUGGCUUAUUGUGUCUUUGGUGUCACUAUGAUCCAUGUGUGUAUGUACAUGAAAGAAGCAUACUACCUAUAAUACCUAUUGUGGUCAUGCAUUGCCUGACAUUAUUUAAAUUAUAUGGAUUGCAAGUAAGCUUUUUGUUGGUAUUUAGGGGAAAUAAAAGUGUGGGCUACAACCAA